GCGCUCGAGCUUGGAUGGCGGCCCCGCCCCUUCCGCGCGGGGCUCGCGCUCCCGGGGGCGGGGAGGCUACCGCCUCUCCUCAGCUUUCCCGCCAUUUUCCGCUAUCUCUCCCCCUUCCCGUCCUGCCGCCGCUGAGAGGAAACUUUGAAAUGAAGAUUUAGAAGAUAAGAUUCUGCUCUCUGCUGAAGUAAAAAAAAAAAAUCUUUAUAAGCAAGAUCUUGAAGUGCAAUGUAACAUCACUGUAGUUUGUUUUUAGAACAAGUUGAAAGCUACUUUCAUUUUGGAAGAGUUAAAAUGAUUGUGGGUGGUUUUUUUAUUUGUGAGGAAAACUAUAUAAGUAAAUCACUUUUGCAGGCCAGUGAAUUAUAUAAUAUUUACAACUGUUGCUUUUAAAGUAAUGGUAGUAUUAUUCUAUUUUAAUAGUAAAUUUAUGUGAAUUAAAGACAAACAUACAAACAUAAGUGCUUGCAAAGAUUGGGGAUUUAAUUGAUGUAAAAAUGUUUCCUGAUUUGAUGAACAAAUUAUGUUAAGAUAUCCCUGAAAAAAAAAUUGAUUUCGAAUCUUUGAAUAGCCACUCUAAUCCAGCCACUCAACACCAGUUUUCUGGUGUAAUCUGACACUUCCUUUUUCCUGUGCAGACUCUUUUUAUUAAAAUACUGAAUGGUCAUUUAAAAUGACAAAAAAUUUACAACUGAAAUAAUACUGCAGAUUUUUUUAUCUAUUUGGAUCUUUCCUGCUCACAAAAAAUACUUUGAUCAUGAGCUGUGGAAAUGAUUUUGUGGAAACUCUUAAGAAAAUUGGAUAUCCAAAAGCCGAUGAGCUUAAUGGAGACGAUUUUGACUGGCUGUUUGAAUCUUCAGAAGACAAAUCAUUUCUGGAGUGGUUUUGUGGAAAUGUAAAUGAGCAGAAUGUGAUAUCUGAAAAAGAACUGCAAGAUUUUGAUAAUCUCCUUGAGUCUGGUAAGCCAAUUUUGGAAGGAAGCGCACUGGAUGAAGUCCUUAAAACGAUGAAGCCCUUGGAUUCAGAGAGCAGCAGCCAAGAGAAGGAUGAAGAAGAGGAGGAACUGAAGAAUUUAGAGGAUGAGCUUCAAACUCUUCAGAAGUUAAAAAAACUUCAAAUUUAUCGGCAUAAUAAGCUUCAAAUGAUGGUUUCUGUCAACAGUCAUAUGUUACAAACAUUAAAAAGUAAAGAGGAGGAAGCACGUAAAGAUUUGAAAGAAGGACUGGAAGUGUUUACUGCAGCAAAUAAUAAGCUUAAUAAUGAACUGCUGUCUCUUACGGAUGCAGCUAAGAAACUGGCCUCUUUCUUCACUGAUUCAGAUCAAGGGUCAGCUCUACAGCCAGUGUUUUUUUCCCAACUUCCUUUGGACAAGUAUUUGUCUCAGGAAGAACAAAGCACUGCAGCACUUGCCUCAUACAUAAGAAACCAUUUUUGUCAAGGUAUGUCUGAACGGGAUGAAGAAUCACACAAAGGCAGCUCUCAUCUUACAGUUACAAGCGAACAAGGCACUUGUGAUGAGGCUAAUGAAGUUUGUGAAGAGAGUCAAGAGAUGGCCAGGUUCCAGACAGCAUAUAUUUGUGCUCAAUGUCAGCUAAUUCGGAUGGAAGCUAAAGAGGAGAGCAUGAAUUCAGCUAUAAAAUGCGCAGAGAGCAUGCUGAAGGAUAAUGGAAAACGAGAAGACCUCGAUGCCAAAAUAUCUAGCUUAAAUGAUGAAAUUUCAACAAUUAAACAAGAUGUAAUUCGGAUAAGCAAUGAAGAGCUGCUUCCCCUUCUGAAAGAGAAUGCACAACUUUUGAGCGCGCCUGUGCUGAAAAGGUACUUGGAUCAUCAGAUUGCUCAGCAUGACACUUAUGCUUCAAGACAAAAUAAAAUAUGCAGGCAUUUGAUAAGACAGAAAGCAUCAUUUGAACUUAUUGAGCUAGCCUAUGAAAUGGAGUUGAAAAAACACCAGGAGGUCUGCUGUGAACUUGAAAAUUUGGUAGAAUCUCUGAAACAGAGCAGUAAUGAGUUGCAACAGAGAUUACAGGUGAUAACUGAGCAAACUCAACGUGCAAAGCCAAGAAAUACUAUUAGUUCAGAGGAUGGUUUCUCUUGCAGGCUAUAUCAGCUUUUGGAAGGAGAAAAUAAAAACCAACAAUUUUUUAAAACAUAUGAAAGCCUAGAGCAGAUGGCUCAGAAGUUAAAGCAGGACUGUGCUACAGUACAAGAUCAGCUAGAAGCAUCUUCUCGAGAACAGUAUCUCCUUUUGUCCAAGCUGAAAAGUGAUGUAGAUACCCUUCACGAUGCUCUGUAUUGUGGAGGAAAUGAGAUACAGCUCCGUAGUCAGGAACUUACUGAGCUGUUUCAUCAACUGGAAGCUGAUUUAAAUAAACUAAAUCAACUUCUUAUGGAUCUGAUUGCUGAUGUGAAGUCAAAGAGAAACUUUUUAGAGUCCAAUAAGCUGCAUCAGAUGGAAAGAAACUUGUAUGUGUAUUUUUUCAAAGAUGAAGACCGCUUGAAAGAAAUGGUGGAGAAGCUUGAGCAGCAGUCUGAGGCCACAGCCAGUGGUCUGGAAGAUUAGAAUUUCACCGCUAGUGGAGUUCUUAAACAACUUCAAUGUACUCUUAGGAAAGCAACACUUGUUAAUGUAAACUGUCUACAAGUUUAUGGAAUAAAUAUUGGCUUUCCAGGCUAGCAUUUAUCUGUCAUUGCAAUGUAUAUUUAACUUCCACAGUUACCAAGUUUGGAUUGUAUGCUACUUUGUGGCUUUUGACAUCUGCCUUCCGAGUUCAAAUCUCAGUUCUGUCAAAGUUAUUUGAUAUGAAGUAAUAUGUUGGUUAUUUGAAUUAAUUACAUUCAGACUGCUCUUCUGCUAGCCUGUAAUUUGAUUUUUUCACUGCAUACAGCAUAGCACAAGAAAGAGCAUUUCAUACCCUUGAGAUAAGUUUUCUUGCAUGCUAAGAACCUUUCAUAUGUGAACUGAAAACUAAAUGCGGAGAAGGCAUUCCAGAUUUUGGAACAUGAAUGUAAUGUACUCACUCUGAACAGGAGAAUUCUCCAAGGCAGAUAUUCCAUGAUCGUUUCCCUUACAGUUCUAAGAAGAUUUGGUUUUGUUAGAAAUGUGUUGGAAUAUGUACCAGAAUCUGUUUCAAGUACCAAGACCAUUUGUUUUAAGGCCAUUCUGAUAACUCUUAAUUUAACUUAUUGCCUGUCUUCUCCGUUGAAACCAGUCCUUACUCAUAGUGGGCUCUUCAGAGAAAAAUAAUUUUAAAUUUACCUUUUGUAUUUCUGAGUUUGCUCUGUAUUUUAUAGUGAUAGGCAUUUCAAUUCAGAGUCCUGAUGCUUUCAUACUUCUGCUUUCAUGUGCAUUGUUGACUGUUUAUCACAUUUUUGUAUAGCUUCCUAAUAUACCAAUGGAACUAAA